AUGGCAGCUAUCUUUUGGACUUUGUGGCGUGUGAGGAAUGAUCUGGUGUGGAAUGGAAAAUCGUGGUCAGUGAGCAUGAUUAAAGCACAUGUAGAUGUUCUCAUAUCAUCAUGGAAGCAGUGUUAUAGCUCACCUGAAUCUUCCACUCAAGGUAUUAAUUUAUUUACUAGCACAUGGACUCCCCCCACCCCCCCCCCAAAUGGUCAAUUCAAAUGUAAUGUUGAUGCUGCCCUUGGGAGUGAUAAUGUGAGUUUUGGUGCUGUGCUUAGAGAUCACACGGGUGGAUUUGUGGCUGCAUAUGCUGGACGAAUGAACUGUGCUCGGGAUCCUUAUCUUGCUGAGACCAUGGCCGCGAAAGAGGCUCUCACUUGGCUCAAGAAUCGUGUUAUGCCUAAUACUAUAGUCGAGUUGGAUUGUUUAAAUUUCUGUACCAAUUUCAAUUCUCAGUAUGAAGAUUUUAGUUAUAUUGGUUUGAUUAUUAAGCAAUGUCGUGUAAUUGCUAGAGACAUUGGCGACGUUCAUGUCUGCCACGUCAAAAGGUCAGCGAAUCAUGUGGCUCAUAUGCUUGCACGGGCGGCUGGUUCUUUCCCUGUCCUUACUGAAUGGGACACUAUCCCGCCGGAUUGUAUUUCGGAUUUGCUUUUGCUUUAA